AAUAUUAUUUCGUAUUUUCCUCGACCUCGCGCGUUCGUCGCCGCCGCUGCAGUCGAUCGCCCCGCGCCGCACGUAUCACAGUGUGUUUCACCAGUUGCCCUGCCGCCGAGUGUAAAAGUUCGGACAGUCACGUUUUUUUAAAUUUUCCCAAAACAAUUUGAAUUUUAUUUUUAUGGUCGUUCGACCGUCGUUUUUGUCGCCGGACGCGUGUAAAUGUGAGGGGGGAAAGAGUAAAUAAAUCAAAAAAUAGAAAGCGCUUCGUUUAUUCAGGCGAUACCUAUCAGAUUGCUUGCCCGGGCGUUCAUUUUUUUAUUUUAUUUUGUUUUUCUGUCCGCGAUUUACGGUAAAUAACUUGCGCGCCCGUUCACGAAACCGGCGAUCGAAUAUUAUCAUUGCUGUCGUUAACCAACGACGACGACUAUGAACAAGUGGUGGUUAACUACCGGCACGGCUGUGUUGCUGCUGCUCGUCGUUUGCGCAGCGGACGCAAAAAAAAAGUGGAAAGCCGACGAAGAUUUUGCAUUCGAAGAGGAAAACUCAAAGCCUGCAAAUGAUAUCGGAAAGUUUGGAGAAAAAAAGAGAUGGAUUCAUGAUCCGAAUAGUGACCUUUGCACACCUCUGCGUUGCAAAAAAAAAGAACUCUGUCUUCUUGAAGAUGCAUAUACAGCAGUAUGUGUGAGCAAAAAAGAAAUUCACAAGAAUGGCGAUGUGAUCAUAAGCCGAGAGAAAUUUAUGGCUGAAGAAGCAGCUCGAAAAAAAGCUCUCGAAGAGGCUUUAGCUGAAGACGAGGAUGAUGAAGACGAUAGUGAUGAUAUCGAAGAAGAUGAGGAAGAUGACGAUGAUAUAUUUUAUGAUAGUGUUAUUAGCAGUUCGUUGUCUACAAACAAAUGCAACCCAUGUCCUGUAAUGAAACCCACAUUCCUAUGUGGUUCUGAUAAUCGCACAUAUAGUUCACUAUGUCGUCUAGAUUAUCAUAAUUGUCUUCAUACUACAAACAUUAAAGUAAACUGCAAGGGAUUUUGUCCGUGUAAAGAACAAGAAGAUGUUGAACGUAAAAAACAAAAACAAGCUGAACGUAUGACAAACUUUAUGAACAAAUACAAAGCUACACUUGAAAGUGAGAAAUUGAAACAGAGUACUGUUGCUCCAGUAUCCAAGUAUGAAGAAAAGUAUAUUUUUGCACCAGAAGAUUUCAAGUAUGAAAACAAACAUUAUAAAUACAUCAAAUAUAUAAAAAACAACAAUCAAAUAUCCAAGAACUCUAAUUUUGAACCAAUAAAAGACAAACGCCAUGAAAAAAUGGAUAAUGAAAUUAUUGCAACAAACCAAGUAUCUCAUCAUUCUUGGAACAAAGACUGCCCACCUUCUGCAUUGCAAACUAUGGGUGACCGAUUAUUGGAUUGGUUUUCAGUGAUCAUGGCUGAUGCUAAACGCAGACGUACAAAGAAUAAGGGAAAAGCGGUAAAAUUUAUUAAUGGAUGUAAGUGGGAAGUUCGUUGGAUGUACCAACAUCUGGAUUUGGAUUCAGAUGGAAAAUUGUCAUUACAAGAACUCUAUGACUUAGAACAUGAUAAAAAUGAAAUGUGCAUUAAACCUUUCUUAGAUACUUGUGAUACUGAUGGUGACAUUUUUGUGAGCCCUUAUGAAUGGUGUCGAUGUUUUGACAAAACCGAUCGCCCAUGCACAGCUAUUAAACGAAGAAUAUCACCAAAUGCUCUAGGUGUUUAUGUCCCAGCUUGUGAUGCAGAAGGAUACUAUGAACAUACUCAAUGUCAUUCUUCAGUAGGCAUGUGCUGGUGUGUAGAUAAACAUGGUGUAGAAGUGCCUAACUCGCGUGUUCGAGGAAAACCAAAUUGCUCAGCCUUAUGGUAUGGAAAAGAAGAUAACCAAAAAGAUAAAUCAGUGGAUAAUGGUAUAUUAGACAGUGAUACUGAUAUGGAUGAUGAAGAUGGAGACUCAGAAGUAGAAGGCAGCGCAGAUCAGUCUUUGGAAUUUUAAAAAACAAUUCUAUCAUCAAUCACUGAACAACUACUGAACAGUUAUAAUAAAUAAUAUUUUCCAACAAGUAAAGAGCGAACAAAAUUUGUCUAAGUUCAUAAUUAUCAUAACCCUUAACUACAAUGCAGUUUUUAGAUUCAGUGCUUUUUUUUUUUUUUUGAACAAUUUUUAUUAGUAUUAUAAAUUAGGUAUUAUGCUGUGUAUGUGUUCCAAAAUUAACAAAAACAUUUUUUUCUCAAUAGGAUUAACAAUGUUUAUACUCCAGAGUAUUUGGCGUAUUAUAUGUAUUAAUUAUUAUUAUUAACUAACUACUAUAGUAAAUGUACGGUUGUGUGUACUCCCAUUUUAUUUAAUGAAUGUAUUAAAAGUAAAUAUUAUUAGAUAGAUAACAGAUUAUUAAAUUGUAUUCCUCUUCCCCCUUCUACCUUGUGCCAUUUUUUUCACCAAACCCUUCUAACAUGUUAUAUACUUACUUUCAGUAGGUCAUUAUAUUAAUUUUAUAUUCGUUUUUUUUAUACAUUAUAUUUAUGAUUUAUGUUUUAAUUGUAUGAUUUAUAAAAAGU